AUGGAGAUUUCGGAGAACAGGCAAAGAAUGCUACGUGGGGAGCUGUACCACGCCUUUACGCCAGAACUUGUCGCAGCUCGUCGUCGUUGUGCUCAAGCUUGCGAACGAUACAACAACAAAGGCGAAGUUGAUAGACGCAAACAGGUGGAGCUGUGGAGGGAAAUCGUGGAAGAUGCGCAACCGUUACCACCAAGAGACCCAAACCCAGAAGCAGAUGAGAAGUUGCUUGAGGAAGAAUCUUGGGUAGAGACUCCUAUAAAUAUUGACUACGGAUUCAAUGUGAAGCUCGGUCCUAAUGUCUUUAUCAACUUCAACUGCACCAUGCUAGAUACGUGCACCAUCACCAUUGGUGCGAGGACUCUCGUCGGUCCAAGUGUCAGCUUCUAUAGUGGAACACAUCCAUUGGAUCCGACUCUCCGAAACGGCACCAAAGGACCGGAACUGGGGAAAGAAAUCUGGAUUGGCGAGGACUGCUGGAUUGGUGGUAACGCUAUCAUUCUUCCCGGUGUACGGAUUGGACGUGGCUGUGUCGUUGGUGCAGGCAGUGUUGUGACAAAGGUAUGGCGAGCUACCCCGAGGGCACCGAAUCCUCUGCCUGCAUUUUGA